AUGCAUUCAGCCAUCCAUUCAUUGGUAUCAGUAUUCAUUAUGCUGAUGUUUGUAGCGGUACAUGCAUGUUCUAUUUACAAUGUUCAUUCAUACACUCAGCCAGGAAUCUUUGAAGCAUUUCUCUCCAAUGUUUCUAGCAAUAAUCUUAUCAUUCAUGGCUCAGGUUUUGGAUCUUACAGUCCAAUGAUUUUCUGGGAUCAUCCAGCAGAUCAAGAACACGACAACAACGCGCUGUCAAAAUGGAAAGAAAUCAAAGCUCUUUCCUUGACCUCUAAUUGCACAACUCGAUCUGGUAACAACAACACCAUAUAUUAUGGGAAAGGUUUUCAUUCCACUUUGGGAAUUCCUCAACACCCUGCUGGCUCUGUUUAUGAUCGAUUGUAUGUUUCUUGGUGGUACAAACCAGGUCAGUCUCCUGAUAGUGAAGGAGGUUCAAAUAAGUUUAUUAGAGUUUGGGAUGAUUUCAAUGGUUAUGGAACAAGAAUUUCUUGGACACACAUGCAUCUCACCUGUGAAAAUGGAACGUAUUGGAAUGCAUGGACUUCCAAAGGGCUAAUUAAUGAAUGGAAUCAUCACGAAUUUCAUGUGGAUUUAAGUCAAAAGAAAGUAUUGGCAUAUGUGAAUGGAAAACUUCACAUCAAAGCUACAUGUCAUAAAAACGAAAAACAAGUUGGAAAACCACUUUACAUUCAACUGAUUGGAUUUGAUCAUGGAGAUUUGGCAUAUAAAAACAUGACCACCUCACUUGAUGAUGUAUAUAUUGGUAAUUCAACUCGAAGAGUAGUGAUCAGCAAGAGUUCAACUUGGAAUGAUAUUAUUUGGAGCGAAACACUUCCAGUGGUGGAAUGGAGUGACCGAAAAAUUGUUGUGAAAUUCAUUGAGGGAACUUUCAAAAAUCCUUCAUUGUUGAUGGAUUCAACAGACAAGUUGUAUGUCUAUGUCGUUGGAGAGAAUGGAAUGCCCUUAUCGAAUAACGGAACACUCAUUGCUCAAUCAUCAUCACAACAGAAUGAACCUUCUCGUAGUGUGGUGAAGAGUCAGCCUUCAAGAAUUCCUGGUCGUGAAUAUUCUCAACAAGCGUCAAAGUCCACCCACCACAACACGAGUGCCACCCUGCUACCUCCAGUUGGGAACUAUUUCGCAUGUUUAGUUUUAUUCUUAUUGAUAUGUUAUUAA